AAACCAAGGAAAGACCCGAUGGAUUUGGAAGCGAUGGAAGCAGCGAUGGUUGGGGAAGAGAGCAGCGGGAGCUGGAGCUCGUCGACGAACUGGGUCGCUGCCGAGGGAUUCCUCCGAGACUCCAUCUCCUUUGAGACCUCCGAUGAUGACGCCCCCGCCUUGACCUCGAGCGGCCUUCUCCUCGUCCGGCCGCCCUCCGAUUACCCCCCUCCCUGCGAGGUCACCAUCUUGUUCAGGGAAAAGCAUGAAAUUCACAGGGUCUAUGUACGAAGUACAGCCCGAGUGUAUGAGAUAUACUAUGCUGCUGAUCGGCAGAAUAAAAGUAAGGAGUAUCUGUGUACAGUACGUUGUGGUCCUGCUGCUGCUGCUAGUGAAGUGAUGCCACCAAGUAGUUCUGAGGGAGCUAUUACCAAAAGCCAAAAUGGUAAUGAUGGAACUAUGGAAAAGCAUGAGAAGAUGGCUAGAAGUGAUAGUAAUAAUAGCGUUGAAGAUGGUUGGGUAGAAGUUAAGGUUCCUGAUUCUCCUCAGCAGAAUGACCAAGCAAAUGCUCUGUCAAAGAAGGUUGAUGGAAAUUCUAGUGCAAAUUUUCAGAUCCAUUAUGAGGCAACGGCUGAGAUUUCAGAUGCUAGUCCUUGUGCAGCCCUUACACUUCGUUUGCUCUCACUGCAAACUAAGACAUGUGUUCAUGUAGAGGAAAUUUACAUAUAUGCUGAUCCUGUCGAUUCCCCCAAUCCUGAUCCUCAUGUGAGUAUGGAGGGAAACUUGAGUGGAAAUCCUCUACUUGCCAUGCUUGUUCCUGGUCUUCUGCAAUUAUCUAAAUCAGGUACUAGCAGGAUACAGAAUAAGUAUUUUUCCGUUGACUCGGGGGUGCGAGAACAUCAGCAUUGUGUGGAUAAAGCAGCUGAACAAAGCAGGUUGGACAUGUGUGGAACAGGGCUGCGACAAGCAAAUUGUGGUAUGAUGCAACAAAAUUUCGGGCUAUUGCAGGAAGAAACCAAGGUAAAACCUGAAAAUAUACAGUUGGAAUCUGGCCAGAAUGUAAUCGAUCAAAUAGAUCAAACUUUGGGGCCAUUGCAGGAACAAACUGAGGUAAAACCAGAAAAUGUACAGUUGGGAUCUAACCAGAGGGUAACAGAUCAAGCAGAUCAAGAGUUGGGGCCAGUGCAGACACAAACUGAGGUAGAACCAGAAUAUGUGCAGUUGAGAUCUGGCCAGAAGGUAACAAAUGAGGUAGAACCAGAAAACAUACAUCUGGGAUCGAACCACAAAGUAACAGACAUGGAUCAGGUGCCAAACUCUGUGGUUGAAGAAAAUAAUCCAGCCUCUAGUCAUGUUGAGAAGGUAUUGGAUGAGCUAGUCUCAAGAAUGGGAAGAAUAGAAGCUUUCUGUUCAAGAUUUGAGGAAAACAUGAUGAAACCCCUCAGCUGCAUUGAGAUGAGACUCCAGCGACUAGAGCAGCGAUUUGAUUCAUUUGCUGUGGGAAUGCAGUAUUCUGAAAGAAACCCUUGUUCAAGGAUAUCGGCCCCAGAAUUUUCAUUUGACGAAUCGGACUCAGAGAACAAAGGCUACAAUAUUUCAUUCACAGUAGGGGAGGUUACUGUGUCUAAUGACACAUCAUUUCCAGCUAAUGAUGUUGCAGCUUCUGUGCCCGAGUCCAAGAUGUGUCCAGGUCUGGCAGUCAAGGCACCUGAAUUCUGUAAUGAGGAUGACUUCUCAUUAUCAGCCACGGAUGGUGCAACUUCUGUGCCUGAAUCUAAUAUGCAUCCAGGACUGGUGGUUAAGGCACCUGAAUUCCCCAAUGAAGAUGAGGAGUUUCCCAACACUGACAAUACUUCAGAUUCAAGUGUGAAAGAUUGCCCCAAUGACAAUACACCUCAAUCUGUUGAUGCCGCAUUAGCUUCAGCACUGGCAGCAUUCCUCACAUCAACUACUGUCAAAUCUCCCAAACGUAGCCCAAAUGUGACCGAAAAACCUCAUUGGUCUUCUAAUGGUAUUAACAAUGACUCAGAUUCGUCUCCUGUUGGCGUAUCUUCUGAGGGAUCUGAUAAAUUAUUCAGCAAAAUUGACUUAGAGACAAAUGGCUGCGGCACAUUGGAUGUAAUGAAGACAACCAAUAGUGACGACUCACUGUCAUCAGCUGAUGUUGUGGGAGCUCCUGAUACAUCUUUAGAUGAAUCUUAUUUGGAAGAUAAGGGUUGUGAUACAUCAGAUGCAGCAAGGCAUAUUGCUGCUUUUGGUGGCUCAUCAUUGUUUGCUGAUAACAUGAACUCUUCUGUGUCUGUGCCCCAGAUUUCAGGUUUGAUAUUUACAGCACCUGAAUUUCCAAAUGAGGAAGAUGAUUUUAUUGACUGUGAUAAUACUUUAGAUUCAGGUGUAGAAAAUUGCUUUAAAGAUCACGAGGCAGCAUUUCUUUCCUCGACAAACGUAAAAUCUCCUGAGCACAAUUCAACAUUGUUAGGGGCAGCCUUGGAGCUUUUCAAUGGUGAUAACAAUGAGUUGGCCGGGUGCGAUCAUACCAUCGCUAAUGCACCCGAUCCCAUCAUAACACCGGAUAACAAUGAGUUGGCCUCCACUUAUGUUGAAAUUCCCUGUGAAGUUGGCAGAGGGGGUACUACAAACCAUGGAAACAACUCAGAAAGCAAGGUUGAUUUGAACCAAAUCCUUUACUACUUGCUUCCUGAUGGUCGGUUGGAACAUGGUGAGCAUGCUAAGCUAAGGCAUCAGAAUGGUUCCACCGAGCCAACUGUUGGAGGAUCAACUGCUGACUGCAUGCCUCUCAAAGAUGGCAUGGAACAGAAGGAUCAUGGUGUAAAAUGGGACAGAUCAAGUUCCACAGAGGCAACUGCAAUGGAGGAAGGAUAUUUCGCACAGAAGGUACCUCAUUGUAUGGGCUUUCAGUCAAAUGGAGGCAUCAGCAGCAAAUGGCAUGAUGUAAGCUGGGUAGAUGAUGGUGAUGCUGAGGAAGCUGCACAUGGUAGUCCUUGCUUGAACCAACUGAGCAGAGAGUGGACUGAAGACUGCAGCACAGAUUCGAGCUUUGAUGAAAAUUUUGUUAGAAGUAAAGUUCAGAUUUAUUGGUCAGAUGAUAGCAGCACAGAUUCCUUUGGAAGAUCUUUCACAGUUAGGCAACAAAGUGGACAAGCUGCUAAAAACGACGAGGGUUUCCAAGCCUUAGUUGAUGAUUUCUCCGUAGGUAUUGGCCUAAAUUCUGCAGAUUCUAAAUCAUCGGCAGAGCUUAAACGGGCUUUUGACUCGAAACUGGAUUAUGAAGAUCGUAUUAUGGAUUUUAAGUUUGUCCUAGCAAGAGAUUGGGGAACUAGACUUCCACUUGAACUCUUGCUGGGUGAAACAUCUGAUGCUGAGGUGCAAGUUUCAACUGUCAGGGAUGAUGGCAAAUGCAUUGCAGAUGGACAACAACAUGAUUUAUUUUCAUCCCAGACGGAGGAUAAAAGUUCUACAGCAGUUAAUCAGCUUCUAGUGGAGGUGGAAGAUCUUAGGGUACGAAGUGAGACAUGUCUGUGGGAUGCUGAUCUGCAAGGUCGUGAAAGCAGCAACGAGCAGCCAUUCUCCAGCCUUAUUUAAGUACACGAACUAUUGUACAGUAUAUAAAAUAAAAAUGGAACUAUUUGCAUGAUGUUUGGUUUUCUUUUCUUUUCUUAUGGUUCUUUUAUUUUGUACGCUGAUGUCAAUGAUUGCAAGUAAACUAAGGAAUGGAGUUCAUGGUUGGUAAACUUACUGGGAAAUCA